AUGGUCUACACGCUACCUGGUCGUCUCCGCGACAAACUCUGGCCAGAGUCCUUGCCCCCGCCAGGCUCAUUCGAUGGGCAGACGGUCCUUGUUACGGGCGCGACUGCUGGUCUUGGCCUAGCGGCAGCACAGCACUUUACAACACUUGGCGCAACUGUAAUUAUCACAUCGCGCAGCAAAGCGCAAGGCGAGGCCGCCAGGGGGCAAAUUGCGCAGUACACCGGUGCGCCACCCGGCAAGAUCCACGCCCUGCAGCUGGAUAUGAACGAAUACAACUCUUGCGUUGCCCUUGUCAAUGAGCUGAAGCAGAGCGAACCCGGGCGGAGGGGGAUCGAUUACGCAGUGUUGAAUGUUGGUGUGAUUAAUCCCGCCUUCGUGGAGAGUACUGAAGGAUGGGAGCAAACCAUCCAGGUAAACACGUUGAGCACGACUUUGCUUGGCCUGCUGCUUCUCGAUUGGAUGAAGGAAAUGACGUAUAAUGGGCAACGACCGCCGCAUCUUGUCUUCGUCGCUUCGCGGGACCACCUCGAUCCGGAUAUCUCGCGGUGGGCUGAGUAUGGGGCGAAGGAGGGCGUUCUUCGACAUUUCAGUAGCAGGGAUAACUGGCCAGUGGGGAAGCUGGAUCCGAACUACGCUAACAGCAAGCUGAUGCUGAUGUACGCGGUCGAGGAAUUGUGUAAGCAAGCGGUGGCAACUGAUGGACGAGUGCUCGUCAUCAUAAACACUGUCUGCCCGGGCCUCGUGGCCACAGAUAUUGCUCGCUCCAUCGUCAAGUCUUCGCCACUCAUGAAGAUCGUAGUGCCUAUCUACCUGGGAUUUCUGGGAAAGUCUGCAGACUAUGGGGCUCGAUUUUAUGUCACUGCAGCGUGCGCGUCGCAGGAACAACACGGAAAGAAUAUACAGUCGCUUUUUACUGAGGAGGAAUACCGUGGGUUAGCGGCGCCGAACUUGAAUAGUGAGAAUGCGCAAAUUGUAAAGAAGGUGGUCGUCAAGGAGAUCAUGGACGAGCUGAGAGCGAAGGUUCCCUCGUUACAUGAGUUGAUCCCUUAA